AUAUAUUUAUAACUAUUUUACGAAUGAGUAAAAGAAGAUCCUACAAGUCCGAUAAACUUAAUUAGUCGUCUAGGAGAUAGCGAAGACCAAGGAAUGGCAAAAAGAAGAAAAUAGAAUUACAAGAUUAACUAUGUAUGAAAGAGCUUCUCUUAAGUCUGACAUGUAUUAUUGAUUCUAGUUUAUAUAAAGCCUUUUAAGUAUUUCAUGUUUAUCGGGUAGGACUAUUGUGAAUAUUAAUCCGAAUAAAGCCAUCUAAAGGAGUUGCGUGGUAGUUGGUCUUUAUAUUUUGUUCCGUUGAUGAACAUUGAUUUUAUGGAAGAUAGAAUGUGUGAAGUAUGCGCUGAUCUAUUUGUAUAAUAAUAACAUUGUGACAUUUGUGGAUACAUGAUAUAUAUUUCGUUGAUAUUAUUUAAGCUUUUUUUAUUACAUUUAAGUUUGAAAGUGUUCAUAUAAACUUAUUAUUUUUAAAGGAUAUUUAAAGACUGUUUUUAAAAUUGGCUUGAUUUAAAACUUUCACAUGGAUAUUUGAAAUACAUAUGGAUCUAAAUUCAAAGGAUUUUUUAGUUCUGUAAGAAAAGCGUUUCAAGGCCGUCAAAAUGCCGCGCCACGGACCAGGCCUUGGGGCAAAUAAUUUCCCGGCGGCUAACAAAUUGUUGAUGCGAUAUGAAGCUGACCGGUCUUAUAAGAUACAUCAACAGAAGCUUGCCAAUGUGAAGCACAGACUGGAUGUCAAAGAGCCGAAGAAACGGAAUCAUCUCAUUCUACGCCUCAAACAGAUUCAGAAAGAGGAGGAGCGUCAGGCUGAGAUAGAUCAUGAAAACAAGCUUCUACUGAACAAGAUGACCCAUGUGCUCAAAAAUGGCGGCAAUAUCGACAACUGGAACAACUAUGAGUCUCGCAGUCUGAAUUUCCCUUUCCGUGAGCGACAUAACGAAGAUAUUGCCAGAGAAAACAUCGGGAUUGCUCAACGCCUGGAGACAGUUAAACCUAAAGUGGAAAUUUCCAAAUGGGAGCGGGAAUACCAGCAACACGCGUACCUGAAGCGUUUGUGGAGCGACAGUGUGAAGGAUUUCGGGGAAUUUACUCCGCGACGCCAGAGUCGGAUGUCUCGAGCGUUUCAAUUAACUGGGAGAAAAUCGAGAAGUGUGGACACACUCAAUGAGACGUAUGAAGAAGACAACAACAGUGUGGACACUUCAGAUGAUAAGAAACUGCCCAAACUGAAGAAGGCCAGGAAGGCUGCCAUAAGGCCAACGAAGAGUGAGACAAGCUAUCCGACAUCCAAGCCUGAACGGUCACCAGUCCGGGGCGGAGGAACGAAACUACCAAAAAUCAACAACAGAGCGGAAAAAUCAGCAAAAAUAGAAAAAGUCCCUAGCAUUAGAAAGGAAAAAUCAGCUAAGGCAGUUAAAUCAGCCCAAAAAGAAAACAUUCCUUACACGAAAAAGGAGAAAUCUGCCAAAGGCGAUAAACUUCCUGGUAUUACAAAGGAUAACGGGGUGACGGCAGCCCACAAAGAUAUUGGGGAUGACAAGUCUGAUGUUGCUCAACUCUUCAAGAUCGCUAAACAGAUGGGUCGUCCGGAGGAUAUCUUCAUCAAGACAUUGGUAAAAAAGUCGCACAAACAGCGGAUGACAACCAAAGCCAAGUUCAGGGAGAAAUAUGAUUUGGACUUGAUAACGGAAUUGAAGAACGGCCUAGGUCAACCAUGGGAAUACCUCAUUGACGCCUUGCUGCAGGAGAAGGGGGUGGCAGACUCGUAUGCAGUAUUUGACGCGCUCAGUACAACAGACAUGGCUGAUGUUGUUGAGUUGCUGUGUUCCCGAGACAACGCCAGUAUUAACGCCCUCAAGGAGUCUUACAGAAAAGAGUUCUCUAUAAGCCUGGAGGAGGACAUCAGUGACCGAUCUGAGCCACCCACCCGUACACUCUUGUUGACGCUACAGAAAGGUGCACGAGACCAGUCUGCCAGCGUUGAUAUGGACGAGGUCAGAAAAGAUGCCCAGGAAUUACACGAGUAUGGUGAUGAGAGAUUUGAAAGUGAGAAUGGAAUCUUCAUGAAGCUCCUGCUGACCCGAAAUUAUAAACACUUGGGCGCCAUGUUUCGCGAGUACCGGAACAUAGCUGGGGAAGAGAUUCUUGCUGCCAUGAAGUUUGACUGUGAUAAAAACUACUACAGAUUACUGAGUACUCUAGUACACUGUGUAGCUGCCCCGGAUGUUUUCCAUGCAGACAAGCUCCAGAAACACAGCAUUCCCUCUGACCCUGUCUUGGUCAACAUUCUUGUUGCCAGAUCUGAGUUGGACAUGCCAGAGAUUCGGAAAGCGUACAAGACCAAGUUCGGCAUUGACAUUGUGGAAGUACUCAAAUCCAAGCCCCAUCCAACACAGAAAUGUCUGGUUGAGCUAGCUUGUAAAGGCUCUGCUCCAAAGAAGACUGAUGGUAAAAAAACUUACCUAAAGGAAACAGCAGCCUCCAAACAACAAGAGCAGCAGCAACAACAACAACAAGCUAAGAAAACUGGGCCCAAAAAGUCUGAGCCCAAGGGCAAAGGUCAAGGACAACAGCAAGACCACUCAACAGACAACAAUGCACCAGCAAAAUCUGAACCAACGUCCAAAUCUGUGGAAGCCAAAUCACAGAAGACCAAGCAUGCUGAUCAUGAAACAGCCCCACAGCAAAAGAAGAAAGACACUGCAAAUGAACAGCAGGCAAAAACACAGGAUACACAAGGUGGCGACAAAGGGAAGAGUAAAGGUACAAAAGACACAAGCGAUGGUGUGAGACAAAACAAUGGAACAGUAAGACCGUAUGCUAAUUUCAAUGUAGACGCAGACUGUGAUAAACUGAACAGUGCAAUGACUGAUUUGCAGGGUGAUGAGAGAGAGAAAGUUGUGAUUUCGAUAAUUCCACGGAGGAGUAAUAAACAGAGACAGGAGUUGAAGACAGCUUAUGAGCAGAAACACAAAAAGAACCUAAUGAUAGACCUAGAAUCUGAGUUACAAGGAGACACAGAGGAGAUUGUCCUCUCUCUUAUGAUGCUACCAGCGGAAUAUGACGCUUUCGUGCUUCAUGAAGCUGUCGAGGGACUCGGGACGGCCGAAGCAACACUCAUUGGUAUCAUCUGUACAAGGUCCAAACAGGAGCUAAGAGCAAUCAAAGAACAUUACCAGAAAGAUGACUAUAAAGGAAAAGCUUUCAAGGCUGACCUUGAGAAGGAUUUGACACGUGAUUGUGGGGAGAAUCUGCGUACACUUCUCACCAUGAUUCUGAGGGAGGGAAGGAGUUACGACACGACCAUUGAUGUGCAGGCUGUACAGGCUCUUGUUGAUAAUGGAGUUCCCUCAGAUGCCUUCAACGAUCUGGUAGCAAGGGAAAACCAUUUCCAGGUCAAGGCAGUAUUUGAGGAAUAUAAAAGGUUGACAGGGGACGAUGUGUACACAGCUCUAACCAAGGCAUCCUUGGGUGACGAUGAAGAAGUUUACGUCAGUAUUGCAAAGGCAGUGGAGGACCCAGUCCAGUAUUACAGUGAGCGGAUCCAUGGCUGUUUUACCAGUAUGGGGGUGAAUGAUAACAUGAUCGUCCGACUUGUUGUGUCCAGAUCAGAGAUUGACCUUGAAGACAUUAAGGCACGAUAUAUGGAGCUGUACAGUCAGUCACUGUAUGACGCAGUGAACUCAAAAUGCCAGGGAGAGUACAAAAACCUUCUCCUAGCCAUUAUAGACAAAAAUGUCAACCAGUCCGAAAACGUCGAGUCCAACACAACAGCACAUAGAGACAACAAAGACACAGACCAGUCAGUUAACCCACCAACUUCAUCUGAUACCGAUGACUCAAAAGAAGAAUCAAACACAAAGGGAACAGUGUCACCUGCUGAAACCUUCGACCCUCUAAACGAUUGCGAGACAUUGAAUAAUGCGAUGGCUGGCUUUGGGACGGACGAAGCGGCCAUAAUUGACGUGUUAGCUAGAAGGGCCAAUGCCGAGCGACAAGAUAUUAAGGUUAAAUAUAAGGAAAAGUAUAAAAAGGAUCUGGAACGUGAACUAACCAGCGAAUUACGUGGUGACUUUGAGGCUCUUACUGUGGCUCUGCUUACUCCACCGGUUGAAUAUGACGUAAAAUGUUUGAAUGGUGCUAUCAAAGGCAUAGGCACCGACGAAGCAGUUCUCGUUUCCAUCAUAGCCACCCGGAAUAUACAGGAAAUGGAAGCAAUUAAGCUAAAAUACGAAGAGAUGUAUGGUCGGAGACUAGAAGCAGAUGUAUGUGAAGAUGUCUCUGGUGGACUAGAGAGGAUGUUAGUUCAGCUGUUGGCCUGUGAGAGGGACCAGCGUGAUACAGUCGAUAUGGAAGAGGUGAAGCAAGAUGUACAAAGAUUGUACAAGGAAGGGCAAAUUUCAAUCGACCCAAACGAUGAUGUCUUUAAUGAAAUCAUUGUGAAAAAGGACAGAGCUCAUGUUAAAGCCACAUUCGAGGAAUACAAAAAGGUGACGGGGGCUGAUAUAUACCACGCAAUAAAAGAGGCGCUUACUGGCGACGCGGAGACAGCCUAUUUAAAAUUAGCGAAGGCCAUUGAGGAUCCAAUUCAGUAUUACACGGACGCCCUGCAUGCCUGUUUUAAAGGCCUGGGAACAAAUGAUGGGGAAGUCAUCAGAAUUGUCGUCUCUAGAUCCGAGAUUGACCUUGGUGACAUAUCAACCCGGUACCAACGAACGUACGGGUCGUCACUUGCUCAGAGUGUGGAGGACGAGUGUAGCGGCGAUUACAAACGCCUCCUUCUAGCGAUUGUAGGGAGGUGGUGUGGUCAAUAAUAGGUUUAGCGGAACUGAUUUGGGGGGAGACUAAUUAAAUAAACAAAACAUUUUGAAUGAUAUUAACAUGUUUUGAAAUAUUCUUCAUGAAGUUUUGAUUUGGUGGUUAUUUGUUUUAUCGAUACAAUGCAAAUCAAACUUUUUAAUAACUUGUCUCGCUUAAAUCAAAACGAUUCAGAAAACCUCGAAUUAUUUUUGAAAGCUGUCUGUUAUUGUCGGCACUUGCAAUAUUACUGUUAUAAAUAUAUUUCUUGAUGUAUAUUACUGUUCUUUUUCUUUUUUUGCGGAUAGCAAAACAUAAAUCGUGAUAUUUAACAUAUUUUUAAAUGUUAUCUAAUUCUAAUAAUAUAAAACCAUUAUAAUAUAUUGUAAAUCUGAUAACAGAGUCAACAUAGUGUUAUCUAUUAAUUGUGCAACAUAUUAUAUUUGUAUUGCAUUGGUGUUUUUGUUAUGUUUAUUCAUUUAUUAUUUAUUCAGUUAUUUAAUUUUUGUAACAUCUGUGUAAUUAUUGUACUGUUAUUGUAUGACAUAUU